AUGCCCGGCUUGCAGGCGAGCAUGGCGGCACUCCAGCUCACCGGCGGAGGCACGCGCCGCAUGUGCGAGCUCAUCGCCGCCCAAACCACCACCCGCUCCGCCCGCCGAGGGCAGCAGCUGCACGCCCACGUCGUCAAGUCCGGCGCCGCCCUAGUCCCCAUCCUCGCCAACCACCUCAUCAACUUCUACUCCAAGUGCCAGCUCCCGGAGUUCGCCCACCUCGUGUUCCAGGAAUGCUCCCGCCAGCGGCGCCGCAACCAGCCCCCCGGUGCUGCCGCCAUCGCCACCACCACCUGGUCCUCCCUCAUCUCCUCCUUCGCCCAGAACGAGCUCCCUCACCUCUCCCUCCACGCCCUCGUCGACAUGAUGCGCGCCGGCACCUUGCCCAACGACCACAUAUUCCCCUCCGCCGCCAAAUCCUGCGCCGCCCUCUCCGACAGCCGCUCCGGCGGCGCCGUCCACUCCCUCGCUGCCAAGACGGGUUUUGACUUGGACAUCUUCGUCGCCAGCUCCCUCGUUGACAUGUACGCCAAAUGUGCGGAAAUCUGGGACGCCCGGAAGUUGUUCGAUGAAAUGCCCGAAAAGAACAUCGUCUCAUGGAGCGGCAUGAUUUACGGCUACGCCCAGAUAGGCAUGGCGGAGGAAGCCCUCGCGCUGUUCAAGAUGGUGCUUCUGGGCGACGGCGUCAGCGGUGACAUGGGCGGGGUCAACGACUUCACCUACUCCUGCAUCAUCCGCGUUUGCGGCGGCGCCACCUUCCUUGAGCUGGGCCGGCAGAUCCACGGCCACUGCUUCAAGACCAGCUUCGACUCCUCCUGCUUCGUAGGGAGCUCCCUCAUCUCCCUCUACUCCAAAUGUGGCGCACCAGAGGAAGCCCAUCAGCUGUUCGACGAAAUGCCCACCAGAAAUCUCGGUGCCUGGAACUCCAUCCUCAUCGCCUGCGCCCAGCACGGGCGAACCAGAGACGCUUUCGCCUUCUUCGAGAGGAUGAAGAUGGAGGGGGUGAGCCCCAACUUCGUCACCUUCCUCUGCCUGCUCUCCGCCUGCAGCCACGCGGGGCUCGUGGAGGAGGGGAAGAAGAUCUUCCAUUUCAUGGCGGCGGAGCACCGGAUCCAGCCGGGCCCGGAGCACUACGCCUGCAUGGUGGACCUCCUCGGCCGUGCAGGGAGGCUACCGGAGGCGGUGGAGUUCAUCGACAAGAUGCCCGUCGAGCCGACGGACGCUGUUUGGGGGGCUCUGCUCACCGGCUGCCGGCUCCACGGCGACACCGGCACGGCAGCGCUCGCCGCCGGCCGCCUGUUCGAGAAGGGAUCAACGAGCAGCGGCGCACACAUGCUGCUCGCCGCGGCGUACGCGGCGGCGGGGGACUACGCCAGCGCUGCCGUGGCGAGGAAGGCGAUGAGAGACAGAGGGCUGAAGAAGGAGACGGGGCUGAGCUGGGUGGAGUGGGGGAACCAGGUCCACACCUUCGUCUCCGGCGACCAGCGCCACCCGUUGCGGCAGGAGAUCUACGAGAAGGUGGCAGAGCUGGCUGCGGCGGCGGCGGCGGAGGGGUACGUGGCGGAUACCCGGUUCGUGCCGAGGGAAGAGGGAGGCGAGGAGAAGAGGCGUUCCAUGGGGGCCCACAGUGAGAGGCUGGCGGUCGCUUUCGCGCUUAUACGGUUACCGCCGGGGAGGCCAAUCAGGGUGAUGAAGAAUCUGAGGGUCUGUGGGGACUGUCACACGUGGCUCAAGCACGUGUCGGGAUACACGGGGCGGACGGUGAUCCUGAGGGAUAACAAUAGGUUCCACCGACUUGACGGUGGAUCCUGCUCCUGUGGGGAUUACUGGUGA